CAUCUAGAGAUUGUGAUGUUUCAUUUCUGUUAAUGAACUGAUUCCAUACUGACGCUAACGUCCUGACGGAUUCUUAUCACAUGUUCAGGUGGAAGUAAAGGAAACAGACAGAGCUCUCGAAUCUGAGAUAAACGAGAUCAUGUUGAGAUUUUCAGGUAUCUCGUUUCUGGAAUGGAUGGAGGGAUGAGAAGAUGAACAGAUGAAGAAAUCCUCCACUUGACCACUUGAAGGUUUAUGACUGGACGGAGCUGGGUGUGAAGAGCACACACUGACAGAUCAGGGCUGUCCCACCUCUCUUCAGGCCACACCCCUUUUCCCUCUUUUCUAUUCUUUUUCUCUCCAUUCCUCCGUCUGUGUCGCUCGGUGAGGAUGGGUGCGGCCUUUAAGAGGUUCUGCGCUCGAUUCUGCUGUUGCUGCUGCGUCAGUGAUGAAGACGAAGAUGAAAAGAGGCCGAUAUUCAGUAAUGAGACGUUGGAGUAUUUUGACCGCGAGGCAAAAAAGAGACAGGAUCAGGAGACGAAUCUGUGGAGUGAACCUGGAGAUCCAUCACACUCAGAGAGAGACGACGACCGAAUGCUUUACAACCUCCUGCAGAACCGAGCUCAAACACGCAGGGGCUCACAGGGAUACAGGAGGCUGAGUGUGGACAUCGAGGCCAUGAGAGAAGUGAGGAGGGAAGUGAGAGACAAGUGGAAGAUGAUCCUGGAGAAUCUGGGCUUUAUACAGGAGGCGGAGUCUCUGCUGACAGUCAAUGUGAACGCGUCGUAUGACCGAAUGAGGAACGCGGCGACGGCUCGGAGCCUUUUACAGGACACUCACUCAGAGACGUCCAUCUUUAACAGCAAAGAGGCUCCACCUGAGAGAUACCUGUUCAUCCUGGACCGGUUGAUUUAUCUGGAUGCUGCAGAAGACUUUGUGGCGAAAGCUCGUCGUUUUUAUCCUCCCAGGGAUGAAGAUGAUGAAGAGGAGGAUAAAGCGAUAAACCUGCCCCUGCUGCUUUCGCGCCUUAAUCAGCGUCUGAAUGCAGGAGAGGAUGAUGAUGACGGUGAUGAUGAAGGAGACAUGAGUGGCCAGGAUGAUUAAUAACUGUACUAUACUCACUGCACAUUGUUUAGACGAUUAGAACAGUGUUAGCGCUUACAGUUCUUUAAGAGUUCAUUUUGAGUUAAAAGAGUUAGGACAAAUGUAAUUUAUAUAGUAUGAAUACUUCUAACAGUUUAAGUGUGAAGGGUUAGAUUGUUUUAAUAUUUUAGUUAAUUCUAGAUUUAAGGUUUUAAGUGUAAGGUGAGUAUUAAGGUUUAGCUAGUAUGAAAGGUUUGGCUAAGUCUGGCUAUAAAGGUCAGCGCUAAUGAAGGUUAAGUAGCUUUGCUAAGUUUCAACCUCAUGCAGUUCACCCACCUGUCGUUUUUAUCGUAAGAACUCAAAGUAAAUAUGAAAUAUAAGAUAAAUAAAGUGUGUGUAAACCAGUAAAUAAAAUAAAACGAAUGU